AUGAGUUCCCCCGAGGAACAGGCAUACUGUCUGCUCACCGAGUACGCACACGGGUUCAUGGUCUCCCAGGUUCUGUUUGCUGCCUGUGAGCUGGGCGUGUUUGACCUUCUCGCGGAGGCCCCAGAGCCCCUGGGUGCGGUGGCAGUGGCUGCACGACUGGGCACCAGCUCCCAUGGGAUGGAACUCCUGCUGGACACAUGCGUGUCCCUGAAACUGCUUCAGGCGGAAACCAGGAGGGGAAAAGCCUUGUAUCAAAACACGGAGCUCUCUAGCACCUACCUGGUGAGGGCCAGCCCCAAGUACCAAGGCAACAUGCUGCGGUACCUGGCCAGGACGACGUACCUGUGUUGGGGCCACCUGGCCCAGGCUGUGAGGGAUGGCAGGAACCAGUAUCCGGAGGCAUUUGGGGUUCCUUCGGACGAGCUCUUCACUGCUAUCUACAGAUCUGAGGGCGAGCGGCUGCAGUUCAUGAGGGCUCUGGAGGACGUCUGGAGCAUCAGCGGGAGGCACGUGCUGGCCGCCUUUGACCUGUCCCCAUUCCCGCUCAUCUGCGACGUUGGUGGUGAGUGUUGGCUCCACAGAUGGAGCUCCAAAACGCAUGUUCCUCAUACCUUCCUGUCUGCCUGUCUUGUUCUGUGUCCACUUCCAGGCUGCUCUGGGGCUCUGGCCAAGGAGUGCACCUCUCUGUACCCCGGGUGUCAGGUCACCGUGUUUGACAUCCCCGAGGUGAUCCAGACGGUGAAAAAGCACUUCUCGUUCCUGGAGGACCCACGGAUCAGCUUCCGUGAAGGAGAUUUCUUUAAAGACCCGCUUCCGGAGGCAGAUCUGUACAUCCUUGCCAGGGUCCUGCACGACUGGACCGACACGCGGUGCUCACACCUGCUGGCAAGGGUCCAUCGCGCCUGCAAACCAGGCGGUGGCAUCCUGGUGAUUGAAAGCCUCCUGGAUGCAGACGGACGGGGCCCGCUGACCACGCAGCUGUACUCGCUGAACAUGGUGGUGCAGACGGAGGGCCGGGAGCGGACCCCCGCCCAGUACCACGCGCUCCUGGCUCCCGCCGGCUUCCAGGACAUCCAGUGCAGGAGAACAGGGGGCAUUUACGAUGCCAUCCUCGCCAGGAGGUAGCUCCCCGUGGGUCUGCAGCGACCGACCCAACC